AUUACGUCAGCUGAAAUUUGUGCAAACAUAACUUCUUUUGGAAGGUCGUACGAGGUAAGCAGAGCCCCGACAGAAAGCAAACAGAGCAGUUACAAUCAAGAUCAUUCUGCCAAGAAACGUUUAAUAAGGGAGAAGAGACCAAGUUAAAGAGCUUUUGAGAAGCAGUCCAGGAUGGAUGCUGUAUCUGAUGUGCUAACUGCUGUGAAGGAGCAUUGGAUUAUUACGUCAUUGAUGCUGGUCACUGUUCUGAUGUAUUGGCAUUAUGUAGUGAAUUUCACUGCACUUAAGAAGCUCGGAAUCCCAGGGCCUACGCCCUUACCUCUGAUUGGUAACAGCAUGACAUUCAUUUGGAAUAGCAAAACGUUGCAUGAUUUCUUUUGCGAAGCUGGCAGAAAGUUUGGUAGAAUUUAUGGGUUAUACUAUUUGAAAGAGCCAAUGGUCAUUGUAGCGGAGCCUGAUAUCAUUAGACAAGUGCUGGUUAAGGAAUUUGACAAAUUUCAUGACCGUCCGAAUGGUGGAAUGGAGUUUCCAGAACCGCUGAAAAGCAUGUUGACCGAAGUUAGAGGUCAAAGCUGGAAGGACAUUCGCAGUAUUAUGACCCCUGCCUUCACGUCUGGCAAACUCAAAAGCAUGAUGUACAUUAUGAACGAAGCUGGGGAUACUCUUCUAAAGAAAAUAGAGAAGGCAGCAGAAGAAAAACAGGCAGUCGAUAUUCACGAAUGGCAGCAGACAGUGACCAUGGAGGUAAUUCUUUCUGCCGCUUUUGGAACUCUUUCUGAAGCACAGACAAACCCAAAUGACAAAGUCACAACUUAUGCCAAAGAAGCAAUGGACCCGAAACCAUGGCCUGAAAUUGCAAUGAUGGUGCCUUUUAUCGGGAAGAAAAUAGCCAAGUCAAUAAUGUUAUCCCGAUUUGGAUUCAACUGGUAUCCUAUGAUAGAUAUUGCAAAGAAGAUACUCAAGCAAAGGCGACAAGUUCAAGGGACAACAAGAAAUGAUGUGCUGCAAAACAUGCUGAAUUCCCAGCACCCCGAGAAAAAGGGUCAUCAGCUCACAGAGAAUGAACUAAUCGCCCAAAUGGUUCUAUUCCUACUAGCUGGGUACGACACUUCAAGUAAUGUACUUUCUCUUACUUGCUAUCACCUUGCUUUAUACCCAGAAGUCCAAGAUAAAGUGUACGAGGAGGUCAUGCGUAUUUGUGAAUCAAAAGACACGGCUACAUAUGACGAAAUUAAAGAAAUGGUUUAUUUGGAAGCUUGCAUUUCAGAAACACUACGUCUUUACCCACCAGGGUUUAUGACUGCCCGCACCAUUGAUAAAUCCUGUGUCAUUAAUGGUGUUCAAUUCAAAAAAGACAUGGCUGUCCUCAUACCGGUUUACGCCUUGCACCGGGACGAGAAAUACUGGUCCGAACCAAACGCUUUUAAACCGGAGAGAUUCCUUCCAGAAAAUAAGGAGUCCAUCAACCAAUUCGCUUAUUUGCCUUUUGGCGAUGGUCCCCGAAACUGCAUUGGAAUGCGAUUUGCACAGAUGGAGAUAAAGACGAUUCUUGUCAGAAUGCUGCAGAAGUAUCGCAUGGUGCGUGGUCCUGAGACACCUGUGCCUUUGAAGAUCCAACCAAGAGCCGUGCUAUCACCGGCUGAGCCUGUCUGGAUACGAUUUGAGAAGAGAGAGUAGACUUGAACACGUCAGCUCGUUUUUACAAAAAUCCAGCUGAAAAUAGAAUAGCUUCUUAGUCUUAUAUUUGAGCAUGCUUGCAUAAUAUGCAGUAAUACUUGAACACAUUUAAAACGUGAAGAAGUUUGAUUGUAACACAUUGGAUAAUCUUAUCUUUUCUUUAGCUCAAGAACACUGUGAUUAAUAUAUGAGCACUUAUUUGGCAGUUUUUUGUGAUUUUAUUUUUUACUUUUAUUUUGAAAGAAUUGUCACAUUUUUUUCAAAACGUGUUUUUCAGUGAAACCUGUCUUCAUACUCAUCAUAUGGUAAUUCCGUUAAA